AUGCAUCUGGGUCAACCUCCAACCUCGAACUGUGUGUGUGAAGCAGGGCGACAGGAGCAAGGAAAUCAGCAGCGUCGUCGUCGCCCCAGCCGGCCCCGUAACGCGGAAAAAGGGCUGCGCGUGCCCAGCUGGCCGAAAGCCGAUGUGCUCGAGGACGUCGCGAUGCUCAAGGACGUCGACCUGCUGACGGACGCGGAAGCGCUCGUGGACGCUGACGGGCUCGAGGAGACCGACGCGCUCGUGGACGCCGAAAUGGUCAAGGACGUGGACGUGCUGAAGGACGCGGAAGCGCUCGUGGACGCCGAAGUGCUCGAGAACGCCGACACGAUCGUGGACGCCAACGCGCUCGUGGACGUCGAGAUGCUCAAGGACGCCGACGCGCUCGUGAUGAACUUGAUGAACAAGCACGUACACCUUCUGCUGCUCGGGGCUAACUUCACGAAGCUGUCGGGAUUGAGCUUCGGGCUGCGGCUCAAGGCUAUUCUCAUCCACAUCGUCCUCUUUGCCUUGCUCAUGUGCCUCUAA